GCAGCUCUGCCUGCUAGUGCACAGCACUCAGCCACGCCUAGAAGGCAGUCUGGAUAGAGAAUCUGUCAGGAUAGCGGUUUUAGCAAUCGGCUGCUUGUGUAUAUACACAUUAGGGCAGCCUGUGCUCUGCCUGCUGCUACCUGCUCAUUGUUCUCAGUGGCUGACAGUAGGGAAUGACAGUAGGGAAUGUUGUGGAGCACAACCAGUGCCACUAUAUUCCAGGAUACAAUACAAUUGCGUAUAUACACUGGUGAUUAUUGACUUCUGCCACUUCUGCAAGAGAUUCCCCUGAUCACUCAGACUGUUUUUUUUCUAAGGAGAAGGGAUCAAAAGGCGGCAAAACAUUACUCAUCAAUUAUAGGACUUGCUUUCUCGGAUCCCUGUGUAUCUGUUGCGAGCCGAUAAACUCAAGCAUGAUCCUAAAGGGGGUCAUCCAGCUCCUUUUCUUUACAAGCUGUUGGCUUUCGCUCAUCGCCGCCAAAGGUGAUGUAUGUGACCCAAACCCAUGUGAAAAUGGGGGAAUCUGUUUGUCAGGCUUAUCUGAUGAGGCCUUUUCAUGUGAGUGUCCAGAUGGCUUCAGUGAUCUCAACUGUUCUAGUGUUGUGGAGGUUGAUGUUGAAGUAGAAGAGAACUCAACAACAGUAGGACCCUGCCAUCCAAACCCUUGUCAUAAUGGUGGAAUAUGUGAAAUCAGUGAAGCUUAUCGAGGCGAUACCUUCAUUGGAUAUGUUUGUAAAUGUACCCAUGGUUUCAAUGGAAUUCACUGCCAACAUAAUGUUAAUGAAUGUGAGUCUGAGCCUUGCAAGAAUGGAGGCAUAUGCACAGAUCUUGUUGCCAACUACUCAUGUGAAUGCCCUGGUGAAUACAUGGGAAGGAACUGCCAAUACAGAUGUUCUGGACCUCUUGGUAUGGAAGGUGGAAUUAUAUCAAACCAACAGAUAACAGCAUCCUCAACUCAUCGAGCUCUAUUUGGGCUACAAAAAUGGUACCCAUAUUUUGCACGACUAAACAAAAAAGGUCUUGUGAAUGCUUGGACUUCAGCAGAAAAUGAUCGCUGGCCCUGGAUCCAGAUAAACUUACAAAAGAAAAUGCGGGUCACUGGUUUAAUUACUCAAGGUGCAAAACGCAUUGGAAGCCCGGAAUUCAUAAAAUCAUACAAGAUUGCAUACAGCGAUGAUGGAAAAUCCUGGUCAACAUAUAAAGUCAAAAGGACCUCCGAGGAUAUGAUUUUUCGAGGAAAUGUGGACAACAACAACCCAUAUGCCAAUUCUUUUACUCCUCCAAUCGAAGCUCAGUACAUACGGCUCUAUCCCCAGGUAUGCAGGCGGCAUUGCACUCUGAGAAUGGAGCUACUCGGAUGUGAAUUAUCAGGCUGCUCUGAACCCCUUGGAAUGAAAUCAGGACAUAUACAGGAUCACCAAGUAACGGCGUCUAGUGUUUUCCGAACACUGAAUAUGGAUAUGUUUGCCUGGGAACCAAGGAAGGCCCGAUUAGACAGGCAAGGGAAAGUGAAUGCCUGGACUUCUGGAAAAAGUGACCAGUCACAGUGGCUACAGGUGGAUCUUCUUCGCCCUACGAAAGUGACGGGAAUAAUUACACAAGGAGCUAAAGAUUUUGGCCAUGUGCAGUUUGUGGGUUCUUAUAAAAUUGCUUAUAGUAACAAUGGAGAACACUGGGCUGUGUAUCAGGAUGGAAAACAAAGGAAAGACAAGGUUUUUCAAGGCAAUUUUGACAAUGACACUCACAGAAAGAAUGUAAUGGAUCCACCAAUCUAUGCAAGAUAUAUCAGGAUCCACCCAUGGUCAUGGUAUGGAAGAAUCACUUUAAGAGCUGAGUUGUUGGGUUGCACUGAAGAGAACUGAAAAAAAAAAAAAGUUUUGCAACUUCAAACAUAAUUUCAGAGAUGUACCUUUCAAGGAUUAAAAAAACAAACAAAAAAACUGUUCAAAAUCGGAAGAAAAAACAUUUUGUUUUCAUUGAACAAGUGCUUGCUCUCUGGUAGGCUGGUAACUGUUUUGCAAGGUAGUCUGGGCCUGCUCUUGAAAUGAUCCAACCUCUAGCCAUUUGUCUAACAAUUACCUGUAAAAUAAAAAAGUUUUUAUUUUCUUUUAUGUUGUUCACACUGGUUGAAAUAUGUUUGGGAAGAGAGGCAGCAUCCUGUUUUAAUGCCCCCUCCUGUUUUUAAUCUCUACAAGCAAGGAAAUGCAAUUAUACGGAUUUUGUCUCUCAUCUAACAAAGUCAUACUCUGAAAAAUUGUUGGCAUCGUCACAUUACACCCUUAGUUAAAAGAAGGGAUGUUGCAGCUUUAGCAAUAAGUUUUCUCUGGGAUGACUGCAUUAUCCUAAUUGCUUCCCUUGUGCCUAUCAAAAUCUUAUUAAUAUUUGCAUCUCCGAUUCUAGAAAUCUAUUUGCUUUUCACCUGUGCAAUUACAAGCGUUCAUUAAGAGCUUUGCUUUCUCGUUUCUAUCGUGCAUGUACUUGAGGCAUGUUAUUUCUCAUGUUUAAAUACAUUUCCUUCCUUGUGGGCUUAAAAACAAAUCAAGGCUGUGCAAAGAGCAGAAAUCGUUUUCUGCAUGUUCUAAAUCCAACAUAAAGACUUAUCUUUUCUCUCUUUUAUUUAACAAAACUGAUGUCAUCAUUGUAUGUCAACAACUGUUGACUUUCUAAAGAUAUUUUUUGGUAUAUCAGUGGUUUAGAAUCCACCUUAUUUAGGAAAUCAAUUUUUUUUUUUUUCGAAUUUUUGUUGAUUGAUUUUGAUGAUUUUGGGUUUACAGCAUGGUGAUGAAAACAACUGUCUGUUUGUAUACACAAUCUUCCAGUCCAUGUUGGUGUCAAUCAAAUAUUAAUUUAAUAACAUAUUUUAUUUACAGGAAUAAAAAAAAAAUGAAGGUUUGGCGUAUGAAAACGUAUCUUGUAAUCCCUAGUUGUGGAUCUGCCUAUGUGUUUGUUUCUAAAAGAGCUGGCAACAGUUAGGGGCAGAUUUAUCAAGGGUGGAAUUUCAAAGUAGCGGGAGUUUUUUUGAACUCCCAUAACUUCGAAAUUUGAAUAAAAAAAGACCAACCUAAAUUUAUUAAAAAAAUCAAAGUUUUUUUGCUGCGGGUGAAUAGGAUGUAUUUGAUCGUUCAAAUCGAAGUAAGAUCGUAUUUGAUCGAAUUAGAUUCAAAGUAUUUUAAAAAAAAACUUUGAUUUUUCAAAGUCCACCAAUUGACUCCAAAC